UUUAUGUUACCCCCACUUCAAAUAAAAAGUACCGAGGGAUGGAUUUCAUUGCUGCCCUGUGGCACUGUAGAAGCCAGGGCUGCAGUUGCAUUAUUCAUCACUGGUUUGUGUCACACAGAGGAUUUAUUGCAGGAAGAAUCUAUCUCCAAGAAAAUGAAUAGUCAAUAUGUGCGCUUUGAAGUGUUUGGAUGUGAAACUGAGGAACUAACAGACUUCUGGGAAAAGACAAUUGAAAAACAAACUAAGCAUCUGCAAAUUGAAAAAGAACGUCAACAGAGAAGUGCUCUGCCAAAACUCAGAACUGAAUGGAAGGAGAGGUUGGAAAAAAGGAUACAAAUGAUGAAGACUCAAAAUGAAGAGCCAGCUAGUUGAAGGCUUCUUACGCAUUUGGGAAAAGAAGGAAAAAUGUUUUGCAGAAGAAAACCAUAGUGUAUUGCAAACACCCAAUUUAUUUUUAUUUAUAAGUUUCAAUGAGAUUUAUUUUACAGUACCAUCAACAUGUAGGGAGUUCAUAUGUGAAACCUCUAUUACUGCUUAUGAGACCUAUUAUCUAUGUGGACCCCUCAUUCAGUGAGGAGAGAAUAAAUGUGUAUGGAUCCUAAAUUGUGGUUCCCUGAUCAGACAACUGUCUGGAAAAGGAAUUUAGUAUCAUUUUAUCUAAAUGCUCAUUGAAAUAAUCUCCUGUGUAUUUUAUUAAAUACUCCUUAGGUUUCUAUACAUACUGAUAUUAUAGAGCAAUUUAAUGUGUUUUUUCUUUGAAAUUGUUGAAUACAUUUUUGUGUUUUUGACUACUAUGAAACCACAAAUAUACGCAGAGAACAAAUACACUUAAAAGAUAUUAAUUUAUUACUAAUACACUUUGGGAGCAGGUCCAAUUCCUCCUCCUUAUAAGACAGAUUGUUUCAAAGUGUAUUCGUCUAACCCCUACCACAAAUGUGCAAUAACCUUUACUAAAAUGAAAGGUUUCAGAGUAGCAGCCGUGUUAGUCUGUAUCCGCAAAAAGAAGAACAGGAGGACU